AUGAGAGAUGGAGGUGGCAUGAGAGGGCAUGGCUCUUGGGGAGCUGGUGAUGCAAGUUCAGGGUUUUAUGGUGGUCAUUUAGUAUAUAUGAGAGCAUUACUUUUUUAUGCAACUGAAAAUGACAUUGCUAUUUUCUUCUCACCACUAAAUCCAGUACAAGUUCAUGGUGAUAUUGGAGCUGAUGCCAAAGCAACGGGAGAAGCAAACGUAGAGUUCGUGAUACGUGAAGACUCAGUAGCUGCCAUAUCUAAAGAUAAAAAUAGUGUGCAACAUCGAUACAUAGAACUCUUCCUGAAGUCUACUGGCAGCUCUGGCAUGGGAGGUUCUGGAAUGGGAGGCUACGGCAGAGAUGGAAUGGGUAAUCGGGGAGGGUAUGGAUCUGUUGGAAGAAUGGGGAUGGGGAACAAUGACCGUGGAGGAUACGGCCCUCCUGAUGGCUUGGGUGGUUAUGGCCACGGUGGUGGAGGCAGUGGACGGUACUAGGGACAAGGCGGCUUGAGUGGAGGUGGGUGGUGUGGGACGUACUGAAAACAUGACCACCAGCAAACAUACAAGUCCCAACAACAGUAUCUGGUCUACUAGACGUCCUUACAGAUUUCUUUUGUAUUUUAAAAACUUUAUAGUGAUUGAAGGAAUGUGUUUUCAAAAUAUUGUUUGGUAAAGCAGAAGAUUGUGAUGGGAAAAUCUGUUUUCUGUAGGUUUUAUUGGUUGCAUACUUUGACUUAAAAAUACAUUCCAUAUUCAAACCACACACACACAAAUCCUUUUGACACUAACCUGAAGAGCCCCGUCCUCUGGUGCGUAGGAGAGUCCAUUAUGGAAAGAGACAUUCGGCUGAAGGACGGACGAAGAGCAUCUGAUGUCUCCAUCUGAAACCCUAGAAGAGCUAAGACUCAAACCGCAGAGCUCUGCAGACAGUGGGAAGACAGCGGGAGGGGGAGAGACCUUGGCCUGGGGAGUCUCCAAUGAUUAAA